AUGCCACGUCCAACAACGGCAGCAAGUAAAGGGAAAGAUGAAUCUGUUCGAGUCGUUGUUCGAUGUCGUCCCAUGAGUGAAAAAGAACAGGAAUCUGGUUGUGAAAGAGUCGUUAAUAUCGAUGGUCAACGUCGACAAAUAUCUAUUCGAAAACCGACUAGUGAAAUUUCUCAGCGUAGCACAGGCGAUGAUGGGCAUAAUUUUUUCUUCGAUGCGGUUUACGACUGGAACUCCAAACAAACAGAUGUUUAUGAGCAGACAGCACGACCACUGGUGGAUUCAGUUAUCGAAGGUUUUAAUGGAACCAUAUUUGCUUAUGGUCAAACGGGGACUGGUAAAACGUUUACAAUGGAAGGUGUUCGUUCGCAAGUGGAACUACGUGGAAUUAUUCCAUCGUCAUUUGCACACAUAUUCGAUGCAAUUGCACAUACGACCUCUCGUCAAUUUCUUGUUCGAGCUUCGUAUCUAGAAAUUUAUAAUGAAAGUAUUCGUGAUCUUCUAUCAAAAGAUCAGAACAAACGUUUGCAAUUGCAAGAACAUCCCAAAGAAGGUGUUCAUGUUCAUGAUCUGAGUUCGUUCAUUACAAAAAACAUGCAAGAGAUCGAACAUGUGAUGACCACUGGCAAUCUAAACCGUUCGACGGGGGCAACCAACAUGAAUGAACAUAGUUCACGAUCGCAUGCUAUUUUUAUGAUAACAGUCGAAAGUAGUGAGACGGGUGCUGAUGGACAGGCGCAUAUUCGAGUUGGAAAACUUAAUCUCGUCGAUUUAGCUGGAAGUGAACGCCAAGCAAAAACAGGAUCAACCGGCGAUCGUUUUAAAGAAGCAACUAAUAUAAAUCUCUCACUUUCCGUGCUUGGAAAUGUGAUUUCGGCUCUUGUCGACGGCAAUUCACAUGUACCGUAUCGUGAUUCAAAAUUAACUCGUUUGUUACAAAAUUCACUUGGUGGGAAUUCUAAAACAAUCAUGAUUGCAACACUCGGACCUGCUGAUUACAACUAUGAUGAAUCAUUGACAACACUUCGUUACGCGAAUCGUGCUAAGAAUAUCAAGAAUCAACCACGAAUUAAUGAAGAUCCAAAGGAUGCUCUUUUGCGUAAAUUUCAAGAAGAGAUAGCUCGUUUGAAAGAACAUUUGGAAGGAAAGGGCAAGGGCAAACGCAAAUCUCGCCGUCAUGGCAACCAAGAUGGGGCUGAAAACAACGAGAACCAGGAAGGUGAUCCAAACGACGAGGAAUUAUACUUAAAAGAACAGCAAGACAAGCUCAAUGAAGAAAAACGAUCGAUUCUUCACAAACGGAACAUCGAUGAAUCCGAACGGGAACAUAUGUUACAAGAAUUAGAACAACAAAAGCAAGCGAUUGAACGUGAACAAGAGGCACGACGUGAGAUGCAGCACAAAAUUCAACAGAUGGAAUCGAAAUUAAUCACUGGUGGCAAAGAUAUUGUGACACACACGAGUGAACAAGAAGAAACUCUUCGACAGAAACGACGUUUGAUUGCAGAAGCUGAACGUCGUCAUCGUGAGGUUCAACAACGAUUAGCCGAAGGUGAAGAAGAACGACAAACGAUCAAUCAGAAGUAUACGAAUAUAAAAGAGGAAGUCGACGAUAAACGAGCGAAGCGCGACAAGCUAUCGAAACAUUUGAAGAAAAUUGAGGCGAAAAGAACGGAAAUAGUCGAACAUCAGCAAUCUGCACGUGAAGAACUCGAAGCUGAACAGCGAGAGAUUCAAAAGCAAACAAAACUUCUUCAAUUGAUUAUCGAAAAUUUUAUUCCAAAAGAUGAACGUGAACGGUUAUAUAAAAGAAUUCAAUUUGAUGAUCAACAGAAUCAAUGGACAUUGAAAGAAUUAUCGAAAGAAACAGAUCAAAUGGCUCAUCGACCAGUCUCUGCUCGACAUACGCGUCGUUCAUUCACUGCAAACUCUCACGUUGACGCGAUUCCUGAAAUCGCACAUUUCAGAAGCGAGAAUAUUAUGUUACUUCAACUUGACCAUCCGACGCGAACCACUCGAGAUUAUGAAGGUCCAGUUGUCGCGCCGGCCAUUCAAGCGGCAAUUGAAAAUGCGAUGAAAGGCGAAGAAAAUAUCGAAUUAGAUGCGAAUAAUAUUCCUGUCGAAAAACGGAAGAAGAAAAAAAAGAAGAUUCCAGAUGGCCGUGAUGACGAUGACGAUGAUAUGUAUAGUAAAUAUGCGUCAUCAAAUACAUCUGUCUCUCGUCUUGGUUUCAAUGAUGUAUAUUCAGUUCAAAUAUUGAAUUAUGAAAAACAAUAUUUGAUAUGUGUAUACGCUCUUAUCUACUAUUUCGUUCGAGGGUGUACGUUAUUUAAUGCAUAG